GCCGGAAGCCGCAGCCGCCGCCGUCGUCUCCUCCCCGUCCCCGCCCGCCGGGUGCUGUCGGAGGUUGACAGGUCGAGGCGGGGAGGCGGCGGCGGCGGCGGCAGAGCCCGGCGCCCAAGACGGAGACCCCAUGGGGAACGUAACGAGUCACAGUAGUGAAGACGAAGCGGCAGCCGCCGGGGUCGAAGGCUGGGGCCCGCACCAGGACUGGGCCGCGGACUCGGGGACGACCCCCGGCCCGGGCCUCCCGGCUCCGGCUCUACCGCCCGCCGCGGCGCUGCUGGAACCCGCCAGGCUGCGAGAGGCUGCGGCUGCGUUGCGGCCCACACCACCCUGCGAGUCCCUGGUGUCGAGGCACCACGGCGCACUGUUGCGCUGGCUGGAAGAGCGGCUGGGCCGCGGCGAAGAGUCCGUCACCCUGGAGCAGUUCCGGGAGCUGCUGGAGGCUCGCGGCGCCGGCUGCUCGGGCGAGCAGUUCGAGGAGGCCUUUGCCCAGUUUGAUGCCGAGGGUGAUGGAACAGUCGAUGCUGAGAACAUGCUGGAGGCCCUCAAGAAUUCCAGUGGAGCUAAUCUUCAAGGGGAGCUGAGCCACAUCAUCAGACAACUACAAGCCUGUUCUCUUGUUCCAGGUUUUAUAGACAUAUUUUCAGAGUCAAAGGAGGGCCUUGGUGUUCAUGCGUCAAUGAUACUGCGCUUCCUGCAUCGCAAUCGGAUCUCUAGCACGGUGAUACCCUACCCGAUGUUGGAGCACUGCAAUAACAUGUGCACCAUGAGGUCUUCAGUUCUGAAGGAGUCUCUGGAUCAACUAGUACAAAAAGAAAAGGAAAGCCCUGGAGAUUUAACUAGAAGCCCAGAGAUGGAUAAACUCAAGUCAGUAGCAAAGUGCUAUGCUUAUAUAGAAACAUCCUCCAACCCUACAGACGUCGACAAGAUGACAAAUGGAGAAACAUCCUCCUACUGGCAGUCAGAUGGCAGUGCCCGCUCGCACUGGAUUCGUUUAAAAAUGAAGCCAGAUGUUGUGCUCAGGCACCUAUCCAUUGCAGUGGCUGCCACUGACCAGAGCUACAUGCCCCAGCAGGUGACAGUGGCUGUGGGGAGGAAUGCCAGCGAUCUUCAGGAAGUCCGAGAUGUGCACAUCCCCAGCAAUGUCACUGGCUACGUGACACUGCUGGAAAAUGCCAACAUCAGUCAGCCCUAUGUCCAGAUUAACGUAAAGCGUUGUCUUAGCGAUGGAUGUGACACUAGAAUACACGGUCUGAGAGCUGUUGGCUUUCAGAGAGUUAAGAAGGCUGGAGUCUCAGUCUCAGAUGCUUCUGCAAUAUGGUAUUGGUCUCUGCUGACAUCUCUGGUGACGGCCUCCAUGGAGACAAAUCCUGCCUUUGUCCAGACAGUGCUGCACAAUACUCAGAAGGCACUGCAGCACAUGCCUCCACUUUCCCUCUCACCAGGAUCUACAGAUUUCUCCACUUUCCUGUCUCCCAAUGUGCUGGAAGAAGUGGACAGUUUCCUCAUAAGGAUAACUAGCUGCUGUUCUACCCCAGAGGUAGAACUGACUCUUCUGGCAUUUGCAUUAGCAAGAGGAAGUGUUACGAAAGUGAUGAGCUCUCUGUGUACCAUCACUGACCACUUGGACACACAGUACGAUGCCUCAUCCCUCAUUUCGUCCAUGGCAUCUGUCAGACAGAACCUGCUCCUCAAAUAUGGUAAACCUCUCCAGUUGACUCUUCAGGCAUGUGAUGUCAAAGGAAAAGAAGAUAAGUCAGGACCUGAAAACCUCCUUGUUGAACCGUGGACAAGAGACGGUUUUCUUACAGAGACUGGAAAAACCAGAGCAAGUACUAUUUUUUCUACAGGAACUGAAUCUGCCUUCCAAGUUACACAGAUCAGAAUAAUGGUUCGACGUGGUGGCAUUGGUGCCCAGUGUGGGUUGGUAUUUGCCUAUAAUUCAUCUUCUGAUAAAUUUCAUGCAGAAGAACACUUCAAAAGGUUUGACAAAUAUGACAAAUGGAAGCUUCAAGAGUUCAGGCAAUUUGUAAAAAGCAGGAUUGGUUGCUCGUCUGAUGACCUUGGAGAGGAUGAUCCUAUUGGCUGGUUUGAGCUGGAAGAAGAGUGGGAUGAAGCCGAUGUCAAGUUGCAACAGUGCAGAGUUGCCAAAUAUUUGAUGGUGAAGUUCCUCUGCACCCGUCAGGAGUCAGCGGAGCGCUUGGGAGUCCAAGGCUUGAGCAUCAGUGGCUACCUCCGGCCUGCAAGAGCAGAAGCAGAGCAGAGCGCCGUCUGUGUCCACUGCAAAAAGGAUACAGAGGAGAGUGUCUGUGGGGCCACGCUGCUUCUCAGGACCCUUCAGUUCAUCCAGCAGCUCGCCCAUGACCUGGUGCAGCAGAAGGAAAGUGGCCUAAAAUACAAAUCUUUUCUGGACUUCGCGGGUCUUGAUUUGCAGAUCUUCUGGAAUUUUUACAGUAAAUUAAAGCAAAACCCGAGGGAAGAAUGCGUCUGUGCCCAAACCCUGCUUCUGCAGCUCCUCCAGAGCUGCUUCUCGGUGCUGCAGGGAGAUGCGCUGGCUGCUUCAGAGGAGGAAAAGGCUCCAGCCCAGAGCCCCAAGGGAGUAGAGGCUGCCAAGGAGCUCUACACACACUUAUGCGAUGUGGUAGAUAAGGUGGAUGGAGACUCUGUGCCUGUGGAGAUAUUAAAGCAAGAAGUGAGGAAUACCCUUCUCAAUGGGGCUGCCAUCUUCUUUCCUGAUCGACAGACCCGGCGAAACCAUCUCUUCACCAUGAUGAAAAAUGUCACCGAGCAGGAGCACAAGCAGUCCCUGCAGCUAACAUUUCGUUCACUGUGCACGUAUUUUAGUGAUAAGGAUCCAGGCGGCCUUCUCCUUUUACCUGAGAAAAACGACCUGGCCGACAUGAACAUCAGCGAAGUCCUGGCCGUCAUGAACACUCUCCUCUCUGUCGCUGCUCGAGAGUGUGAGCUGUUGAUGCUCAAUGGGGCCCAAGGCGAGGCCGGCUCUGUGCUGUUCUCCCUGUUCUGGUCCGUCCAAGGCAGCCUGCUCUCCUGGUGCUACCUGCAGCUGAAGAGCACGGAUUCUGGAGCCAAAGAUCUUGCCGUGGACCUUAUUGAAAAAUAUGUGGCACAGUUUCUGGCAAGCAUGAGAGUGAUUCUGGAAUCCCUUUUGUCGCAGUAUAGUGGCAAAACCAUUGUAGAAAGAUUGUGUAAUUCAGUGUUUUCAAUGGCAGCUCGUCAACUGGUCAUCUUCCUGCUGGACUUCUGCACUUUAGACAUUUCACACUGCACACUCUUGAGAGAGUUUAGUGCCUUAACAGAACUGCUAAAGAAGCUGUGCAGUGACCCUGAAGGAGGGCUGAAUAAGCUGGAUGUUGAGACCUGGCAACAGGAACAGCCUGUAGUAUUGCACACAUGGACUAAGGAAUCUGCCCACAACUAUGAAAACAAUUGCCAUGAGGUUUCUGUCUUUGUUAGCCCAGGGGCAACCUAUUUUGAGGUCGAAUUUGAUGAGAGAUGUGAAACUGAAAAAAGGUAUGACUAUCUGGAAUUUACUGAUGCUAGAGGUGGGAAAACACGCUAUGACACAAAAGUUGGCACUGAUAAGUGGCCUAAGAAAGUGACCUUUAAAGCAGGUCCUAGGCUUCAGUUCCUCUUCCACUCUGACAGCAGUAACAAUGAGUGGGGCUACAAAUUCACUGUCACCGCCUAUGGCCUGCCUGACGUCGCAGUGUCUUGGGGGUUGGAUUUACAACUCCUUGUCUCCCGGCUGAUGGGACGCCUCGCCUCCCAGUGCAUGGCACUCAAGUCCGCACGUCAGUUAGGAAGUAACAUGGCAGUACCUCAGGCAAAAAUGGCAUUAGUCCUAAACUCCCCUUUGUGGAAACCUGUCUUCAGACAUCAGAUUUGUCCAGAGUUGGAAUUGGAAGCAAGCUGGCCCACUCACCCCCCUCAGGAUAGUAAGGAGGUUAAGAACAUUUCUGACGAUCCCUGCUGCCAUUUUCUUCUUGAUUUUGCCCAGUCACAGCCUGCUCAGAACUUCUGUGGGCCAUAUUCAGAACUUUGCAAAGGAUUCAUACAGGCAUGUAGAAAACAGGCCCCAAAGACAGAUAUAGUUGCUGGUUCCACUAUUGAUCAAGCUGUGAACGCCACCUUUGCUGCUCUGGUGUAUCGCACUCCAGAUUUAUAUGAGAAGCUGCAAAAAUAUGUAAAUAGUGGAGGCAAGAUAGCCCUGAGUGAAGAGUUUGCACAGGUGUAUUCCUUGGCAGAUGGGAUUCGAAUAUGGAUGUUAGAGAUGAAGCAGAAGUCCCUGAUGAGCCUGGGGAAUGAAGCAGAAGAAAAACGUGGUUCAGAAGCUACUGAGGCCAACCCUGAGAGCCUGGCAAAAGAGUGUAUUCAGAAGAGUCUUCUCUUACUAAAAUUUCUGCCCAUGGGCAUAAGUUCAAAAGAAAGCUGUGACAAAUUGGUGACUGCUGAUGAAACUGAUCAUCUCCAGCCACUGGACAGGCGCCAGAGGACAAGCUCUGUGGUGGAAGAACAUUUCCAAGCCUCGGCAUCUCCCACUGAAGGGGCGCCUCCUGCCACCGGAGACCGGAGUCCUGGCUUGGAUGUCCGUCCGAAGCUGCUGCCCAGCAGUGGCCCUCCUGCUGCUGAAGUGUCCUCUGCCACAACGGAAGAGCCCCUGUCACCUUCCACGCCCAGCCGGAGGCCUCCCUUCACGAGAGGGCGACUCCGGCUGCUCUCCUUCCGGUCCAUGGAGGAAGCCAGACCUGUGCCCACAGUCAAAGAGAAAUACCCUGUGCUGAAGGACGUCAUGGACUUCAUUAAGGAUCAGUCGCUCUCGCAUGAGAGUGUUGUAAAGGUUCUUUCCUUGAGAAAAGCCCAAGCCCAGAGCAUCCUCGAAGUCCUGAGGAUAAUUCAGUAUUGUGCAGAGUCCCUCGGACAGCCUCACUGCUUCCAUCCGCCUUUUAUACUUUUCCUGUUGGAACUUCUGACCUGCCAGAAAGAUUUUACCAAUUAUUUUGGACACUUGGAAGGCUGCGGUGCUGAGCUGCACAGAGAAAUUCGAGAUGCUUACUAUCAACUUGUUCUGUUUUUGGUCAAAGCAAUUAAAGGAUUUAGUAGCAUAAAUGACAGGUCCUUGCUGCCUGCCUUAUCCUGUGUCCAGACGGCGCUGCUUCAUCUUUUGGAUAUGGGCUGGGAACCUGGUGAUCUUGCCUUCUUUGUUGAUAUUCAGUUACCAGAGCUCCUCAUGAAAAUGUCACAAGAAAAUAUAAGUGUCCAUGACAGUGUGAUCAGCCAAUGGAGUGAAGAAGAUGAGCUUGCUGAUGCCAAGCAGAACUCAGAAUGGAUGGAUGAAUGUCAGGAUGGCAUGUUUGAGGCCUGGUAUGAAAAAAUAGCCCAGGAAGAUCCAGAGAAGCAGAGGAAAAUGCACAUGUUUAUUGCUCGCUACUGUGACCUGUUAAAUGUGGACAUCUCUUGUGACGGGUGUGAUGAGAUUGCCCCCUGGCAUCGCUACCGGUGUCUGCAGUGUAGUGACAUGGAUCUCUGCAAAACUUGCUUCCUGGGUGGUGUAAAGCCUGAGGGCCAUGGAGACGACCAUGAAAUGGUCAACAUGGAGUUUACCUGUGACCACUGCCAGGGUUUGAUCAUAGGCCGGAGGAUGAAUUGCAAUGUGUGUGAUGACUUUGAUCUUUGCUAUGGAUGCUAUGCAGCAAAGAAAUAUUCCUAUGGCCAUCUGCCUACCCACAGCAUCACAGCCCACCCAAUGGUGACCAUCCGGAUCAGCGACCGGCAGAGGCUCAUCCAGCCCUACAUCCACAACUACUCCUGGCUGCUCUUCGCCGCUCUGGCCCUCUACAGCGCCCACCUGGCCAGCGCGGAGGACGUGGACGGGGAGAAGCUGGGUCCCCAGGCCCGCAGCAGUGCCACCACCCUGCGGAGCCAGUGCAUGCAGCUUGUUGGGGACUGUCUGAUGAAGGCUCACCAGGGAAAAGGUCUGAAAGCUCUGGCUCUGCUUGGUAUAUUGCCAGAUGGUGACUCCACCCCAGAAAAUCAGGCCCUGCCAGUCACUGUCCCCACCCGAACAUCAGAGGAGCAGCUAGAGAAGAAAGCAGCCCAGGAUGCUGAGGCGCUGUCAGAGAGAGAAAAAGCUGUUCAUGAGGAAGUCAGACCUUUAGAUUAUAAGCAGAGAAACAAGGCAGAUGAAAGCAUAUCGUUAAUAAAGGAUCCUUCAUGCCAGACCCAAAUCUCAGGUUCGCCUGCAGAUGCUAGUCCACCCACAGAACUUCCAGAUGCUGAGAAUUCAGAAGCGUCAUCUCAGAAGCCAAUAGAGGAAAAGGCAGUUACUGCAAGCCCUGAGCAAGUAUUUGCUGAGUGCUCCCAGAAGAGGAUUUUGGGUUUACUAGCAGCCAUGUUACCUCCCUUAAAGUCGGGUCCCACAGUCCCCCUGAUAGACCUGGAGCAUGUCCUCCCACUGAUGUUUCAGGUUGUCAUCUCAAACGCAGGCCACCUGAAUGAGACCUACCACCUCACCCUGGGUCUUCUUGGCCAGUUAAUCCUUCGUCUUUUACCAGCAGAGGUAGAUGCUGCGGUGAUCAAGGUCCUCUCGGCCAAACAUAACCUGUUUGCUGCAGGGGACAGUUCCAUUGUGCCAGACGGCUGGAAGACCACCCACCUGCUCUUUAGCCUGGGAGCUGUGUGUCUGGACAGCCGGGUGGGCUUGGACUGGGCGUGCUCCAUGGCAGAGAUCCUGCGGUCACUCAACAGUGCCCCACUGUGGCGUGAUGUCAUUGCCACCUUCACAGACCACUGUAUCAAGCAGCUGCCUUUCCAGCUGAAGCACACCAACAUCUUCACCCUGCUUGUGCUGGUCGGCUUCCCCCAGGUCCUCUGUGUGGGCACCCGCUGUGUCUAUAUGGAUAAUGCCAAUGAGCCCCACAAUGUGAUCAUCUUGAAGCACUUUACUGAGAAGAACAGGGCUGUGAUCGUUGAUGUCAAAACUCGGAAAAGGAAAACAGUGAAGGACUACCAGCUGGUCCAGAAGGGAGGAGGACAAGAAGGCAGUGAUUCUCAGGCCCAGCUCAGCCAAUAUUCCCAGCACUUUGCCCUCAUUGCCAGUCACCUUCUGCAAACCAGCAUGGACAGCCAUUGUCCUGAGGCAGUGGAAGCAACAUGGGUCCUGUCCUUGGCCCUCAAAGGAUUAUAUAAGACACUAAAGGCUCACGAUUUUGAAGAGACCCAUGCUACCUUCCUCCAGACUGAUUUGCUGAAGUUGCUGGUGAAAAAGUGUAGCAAAGGACUGGCUUCGAGUAAAACGCUCCUCCGGGACUGA